CCAUUUCUUCCCCUUCUAUUUGCCAGGAGGCUGCGCCCCCCCCCCCCACAGCACCCUCCCUACAUGCCACAGUCUCCGGCACAGACCACGUGGCCUCAUAAACAACAGAGUAAAAAAAAAGCGUGGAAAUCCUCAAGCAAGGCAUGCUCUGCUAUAUUGAGUGUCUGCCACCUGAUGAAAUAGACUUCUAGCCAGCCAAAUCAAGGGAAAACACCUGGAUUCCCAGAUGAGAUAGGUUCCAAAGAACUCAAAUUAGACCCUUGCUGGUGGACCCUUUUGCUGGCUAAUCAGCAAAGGGUGGGAUAAGACUGGAUCGGUGCCAGACACAUGGACAACAAGGGCAACCAUAGUCCCAAUAUAGAAAAAGGGAGACCAUACUCUGUCCCGGGACCUGUUUGCUUUCCGCUGGAGCAAAGGUCUCCCAGCAUGUCAAUCAUUAACCCCAGUCCCACAGACUGCCUGUUUGCAAGGUAAACCCCAAAGGGAACGAGGCCCACCUGUGUUUUGCUCCUCCAGGUUGGGGGGUGGAGGGAGGGAGGCAGGCCCACGGCAAAUGGAUUUCAUGUCGCUUCAUUUCCAAUAUUUAUAUGCCACCUAAUGGCAAAGAUCGUGUGGGGGGCUAACGAGUAAAAACGAGUAAAAAUCAAAUACAUGCGAUGGGAAACGUUUUGUAGCGUAUAUAAAACAUAGCUGCCAAGUUCUCCCUUUUUAAAAGGGAAGUUCCCUUAUGCUGAAUAGGCUUCCUCGCGAGAAAAGGGAAAACUUGACAGCUAUGAAUAAAAUAGAAAGAACAGAGAAAGCAACAGAUCAAAAUCGAAAUGCGAGAAACCAAAACUUUGAAAGAAGUCCCGUAGAACGAGCCCGGCUGGCUGCACGGGGGCGAAAAGUCCAAGGGCAGGAUCUCAGCGGUAUCUGAUGAUCGGGUCUCGUUCAAGGUUCGCUAGGCUGGUCCCGAAAACGAUGCUUCUUUCUUCUGCUGCUGUAUCCAGGAUCGCCGGAUCGUACCAAAAGUGCCUGAAGGUUCGGGUCGCUUUUGCCCAACUCUCCAAUGCUGCUCGGCUCUUUCCCUGAGUCCUGGCUCCAUUCCGGGGGCAGCAAGCGGCUGCCACGUGUCUCCCGAGACGGAUCCGUGCCGCAUCGAUCCACGGGCCUGAGAUUGGCAGGUCCACUCCAGUCCCAUCCCGGUGGAGAUGUCAAAGCGCCCUUGCCAAAGCUCAGAGGCAGCCCCAAGGGUGGGACCCUGUCCCUGGAGACGCGGGAUGGGGCAGAGGUGGCCGCCCCCUCCCCACCCGCGCCACCAGCCCCCGCCCUCCUCUUGUCCCCGACUGAUAAGGAAGCCUUAUCUCCCCACCUGAGCAGACAGCCCCGGUCAGGGUGCAAAGGGAGGCCGGGCGGGCGGGGGAAGGACACAGCCGCCGGCACGAGCGCCAGGGUGCAGCAGCCGGGGAUGGGUGCCACGGGGUGGACCCCCACCCGUCUCUGCCGCCUGGCCUGUGCCGUGGGGAUCUUCUUCUUCCUCCUCCUCCUCUGCUUCUCCAGCCUCCGCCUCCCAGAAGUGCCGAGCUCCACCUGCAUUUGGGGGGUCCGUCCGUGCCGCUGGUUUGGGGGGACGCUGCCCAGCAAGGAGGAUGCAGAGAGGAAGCCCCCUCCUUCCGCCUCGCCCCCUUCUGCCGCCACUGGGGCCGCCCUCCUCCUGCAGACCCCAUCUGAGCCCCCGGACCCGGGCGAGGGCUUUCGAGUUGCACGUCUGCAGAGGGCCUUCGCUGCCAGCCUCACGCCCGGCGGGCAAAUCCUCAUCCGGGAAUACCUGAGCGGCUGGAAAGAGCUGAUCAAGCUGAUGGACGCGCUGGGCGCCGCCUUCGGCCUGAUCUCCGGCGAGACGCGCACCAAGAUCGCCAUCCUGCAGGAGAACCAGCGCGGCCCCCACGGAGCCCACUACCGCACCCUCCAGUCCAUGGUGCGCUUCGAGCUGGCCCGGGGGCUGGUGGGCUUCCAGUCCCUGCCGGCCGGCCGCCCCCCGUCCGGCUGCCGGACCCUCCUUCGCCUCCACCGGGCCUUGAAGUGGCUGGAGCUCUUUCUGCGCAAGCUGGGCACCAGCGCCGAGGGCGCGGAGCCUUCCCGCAUGUGCGCCGACGCCUACCAGGAAGCCCUGGCGCCCUACCACAGCUGGUGGGUGCGCCAGGCGGCCGCCCUGGCUUUCCUGGCCAUGCCCUCCCGCCGCGAACUCUACCGCAUCCUGAGCGCCGGAGGGGGCGGCGAGGAGGAGGAGGAAGGCAAGGGCCUCCGCAGGCUCCGGGACACCGUCCGCAGCAUCGCCCACGUCUACAACGCCACCCAGGAGCUGUAUGCCGCACACGGGAUGCUGGCGCUGCCCUGAGGCCCCCCUCCCUCACUGCCCCUCCCUUCCCCAAGGGAAAAAGCAGGGGGUCCCUUCCCUGGCACGGGACCCAGUCCCAGGGGGACCAAGGCUGGUAGCGCCAGGCGAGGGGGCGCUGCAUUGCCAGGCUGACCCCCGGGAUGCCUUCCGGCUCCAGGAUUCGUGGGGAGGUUUCGAGCAGAGCUUGGGGGGGGGGACCUGACAGGGAUGCUUCAGCUGCGAUGGCUGCAUUGGAGGGGGUGGGGCUGGAUGGCCCCUGGGGGUCCCUUCGGACUCUGUAGUGCCAGGAUUAUUCGGUGGGGCAACUUGCAGCACGACGCCCGGGGGGGGGGGCGGUGUUUGGCGGGAAGUGCCAGCAUCGCAGCCCCUGCUCAGUCCCCUAAUGUAGCUGUUGACCCGGGAGCAGAAUGAAGCCUAAAUGUGUUUGCGAAGGGGGCGAUCCUAGAUGCUCGUGGCUCCCUCUGGUGGCUGCUCGGAGCUCUGCACCUGCAAGCUCGGCUUCUGCUGCCUAGAAGCCUAGGUUUUAGGGGCAAAUACUGUAUGGAAGACUGAUAAGAAAUAAAAGUAUUCCUCACAUGUGGGCUCCAUAUUUGCUGAAUAUAAAGGUGCUAAAUAUGCUUAAAUGAGCCAGACAUACUGCACACGCGCAUGCACACAGAGGGGGAGACAGGGGCCACCGUGUGACUCUGCCUUGAUAUUUGCAUACUAUAUAAAAUCAAGCUAUAUAUAUUGCUAGAUAGGUGUUGAGGUGGAAUCUUCUUUCUUGUAGUUUGAACUUCAUCCUUUGGAGGAUGCUCGGGAGAGGUGGGGUGGCUGGACCGCUUCCCACCUGAAUAUACAAACAUGAUAUAGAACCAGAACCUUCAAUAGAUUUUGCAAUAUACUACAGAGACAUUUGUAUUCAGUAAUAGCUGAGGGGAAGCGGCCCAGGUGAUAGUCUGCUAGGCAGGAUACACCUAAACAAGUGUCAUACGCUGGACAAAAUGGUUUCCAAAUCUUGAAAAGAAGAGCAAGGCUUAUUGGGGAUGUGAUACCUGACAAUCUGUUGGGCGCAAGGCCUCGUGUGAGGAGGGUCGCAAGGCCUGGGCUGGAGACACGGAAACCCAGCGUGGUUUCAAAAAUCCCUCAUCCUACAGUGUCUCAGUAGGGCAGGGUCACCUGUUGGAGGAAUAUAUGCGAGGCACUGACAAAAAUGUCCCACUGGUCAAGAUCUGGUGCUCUCUCCACCUAAGUGGAAAAGGGUGUCAGACGCUGCCCGGGGGGGGGGGGAGCUGUAUUGUUUGGAGUCUCAGCUCAAUCCAAGCCUUCCUCCAUGUUUUGGAUGUCUGCAGAUGAGAACUGCAGUUGGCAGAAGCAGAAAAACUGUACUUGGUCAGGAUCCCACCUUUGAGGUAAGAUGAGCAGAGAACUGUCAUCUUCCUCGUGAAUACCGUUCUCUGCUCCUGAAAUGCGCUUGUGAUCGAAGGAGGACAGAAGCCAGGGACUCCUCCUCUGCCUCACCUUCUCCCAGAGGAAGGACUGGAACUUGUGGCUUUUCUGGCAGAUGUCCAGUGCAUGUGCACUAUCCUGAGAAUGGCAGUAGCGCUCAGGAGCUCCACAGAUUUGCAACCUCGAUGCACUUGAAGUGGAAGUAUGUGAAAAGCUUGUCAACAUCUUCAAAUGAAAGCUCAGCAUUGAUGGCAAGCUCCUCAGUGUUGCCAAAUCCUUGUUAACUCUCCCCAGGUGUGAGGUGAGGAAGUUAUUCAACACCUUGGCCAAUGAUUUGCAUCUCCAGAUGUGGGUAAAGGUAAAGGUACCCCUGACUGUUCGGUCCAGUCGCGGAUGACUCUGGGGUUGCGGCGCUCAUCUCGCUCUAUAGGCCAAGGGAGCCGGCGUUUCUCCAUGGACAGCUUCUGGGUCAUGCGGCCAGCAUGACUAAGCUGCUUCUGGCGAACCAGAGCAGCGCACGGAAACGCCGUUUACCUUCCCACUGGAGCGGUUCCUCUGUAUCUACUUGCACUUUGACGUGCUUUUGAACUGUAGCCUUAGUUGCUAACAAGGGUCCUUAAGUUGCGCCCAGGCAAGGACAGAGACAGUCAAUAACAACGCCGAGGGUUGAAUCCAGAGAAAGAAUUUAAUUCUUAAAUUUAAGAGACUCUUGGUGAUCAGCUUCACGACAAAAGUAAAGAAACACAAGUUUGCAAAGAUUCUUAUACACUUCUUGGUAAAUGCGCACGCAAGGGGGGGUCAUAAGUUUCAAGUCCAUAUAAGGAUCUUCCUGUGUCCAGUUCUUCUUGUAAACACAUGCUGACUCAAGCAGCCUUGAGUGGGGGGCUUGAGUUCCUAUCUAUCUUGCCUGCUCUGUGCGUCAGACUGCUAGCAUCAGACAAGACAGUCAUCCGGCCUUGGUAGCUAGCUGUCAAAUGUUUUCAUUACACUUUGGCCCACUUUGGUACAGAGACGCAUUCCUCUUCCAAAGAGGAAAGCAUUUUAAGCAAGACAUCCCAGGGAUAUUGGGGGGGGGCAUAUACCAAGGGUAGGCAAAUUAAGGCCCGGGGGCCAGAUCCGGCCCAACCACCUUCUAAAUCCGGCCCGCGGACAGUCCAGGAAUCAGCGUCUUUUUACAUGAGUAGAAUGUGUCCUUUUAUUUAAAACACAUCUCUGGGUUAUUUGUGGGGCAUAGGAAUUCAUUCAUUCCCCCACAAAAAAACACCAGUCUGGCCCCCCACAAGGUCUGAGGGACAGUGGACCGGCCCCCUGCUGAAAAAGUUUGCAGACCCCUGCCAUACACUCAGAAUUAUAUAAUGCAGGCAAUGCAAACGAUAGGAUCAAAUUUAGCUCAAUAACACAAAUGGCAAAUCUCUCCCUUCAGAACUGCUAGGUGGGCCCAGGUGUGGGUAUGUAGUCUAAAUAAAUACUGGGGAUUGAGGGUGCAUUCCAUGGAUGUGAGAGAAAAUGGUUAUGGUUUCUCCCCUGCAUGGAUUCCUUGAUGGAAAGUGAGAUUGUCAUUUCGA